ACACUCGUUCUGGUUACUGUUACUUGGAAAUUAAACCUCGAGGAGACAACGGGGGCACCGCCUGCAGCAAUGAAAUCGGGGUUGGAGUGUCCAAGGCCUCUUGCUGCUGUUCCCUUGGUAAAGCUUGGGGAAUUCCUUGUGAGCAGUGCCCAGCUGUGAACUCAACUGAAUACAAGCAGUUGUGUCCUGGGGGAGAAGGAUUCCGACCCAAUCCUAUUACAGUUAUUUUGGAAGAUAUUGAUGAAUGUCAAGAACUCCCUGGACUUUGCCAAGGAGGAAGAUGCAUCAAUACCUUUGGCAGCUUCCAGUGUCAGUGUGAACCCGGAUCCUACCUGAAUGAAGAAACUCGAGUGUGUGACGAUAUUGACGAGUGCGCCACUCCCGGCAUCUGUGGGCCCGGCACUUGCUACAACACCAUCGGCAACUACACCUGCAUUUGUCCUCCCGACUACCUGCAAGUCAACGGAGGGAACAACUGUAUGGAUAUGAGGAGGAGUAUUUGCUACAGAAAUUACCACGCCGACAAUCAAACCUGUGACGGAGAGCUGCCUUUUAACAUGACCAAAAAAAUGUGCUGCUGUUCCUACAACAUCGGACGAGCCUGGAAUAGACCUUGUGAACAAUGUCCCAUCCCAAGCACUGACGAAUUUUCAGCGCUCUGUGGAAGUCAGAGGCCUGGCUUUUUCAUUGACAUCUACACGGGACUACCAGUUG